AACAUUAUUGUUGGAGAAUGUUACACAAUUUUAAUGUUAAGGAAUACUUUUUAACUGAAUUUAUAUUAUUAACGAUAAAAGAUACAAGGAGGCAAGUGCAUUAAAAUAAAGUUUACCAACCUAAUAUAAUGAUUAACACAAUGGAGAUGGAGAAAACUAAAUUUGAGAUGAACGCCGACAAAAAUAACAGAAUGAUGACGCAAACAAAAAGCAUAAAGGAUAUCAUAAAACCACUGCAAAUAGUAAGUUGGAGCUUGGGAAGUGGAAUUAUAGAAAUUCCAAUGGGAACACCACGUUUCUUCAUAACGAUUCUCUAUGCAAUAAUUUUAUUAUCGAUUUAUGGAGUAUCUUUAUUUUACACAGUAAAUUAUGAAGACAAAAUGUACUUGAAACGAUUAAAUAAUACAGGGAGAUUUUUGACUAAAAUUGUAACACUCGGAAAUGGUUGUCUCGGUUUGAUUGCAAUUAUUUUAGCCUGGAAUCGAAGAAAGGGAUUGAAAAUCUGCAUUCAAAAGAUCGAAAGAGUUGACGAUCUUCUACAAAAGAUUGGAAUAUCGAAGGACUAUGAUAAAACGAUAAAACAGGAAUUGGGAAGAGUAUGCGCGAUUUACAUCAUUGUUAUCAUUGUAAUUGUCAUAAAUUCUGCUUCUAUGGUUGACGGCGAUACUCCAAAGAAUGUAAAAGCUGCAAUGAUUAUUGCCGUUCACUAUCCACUGGCUUUAAUUUUUGUCGCAGACAGUGUGUUUCUAGUUAUAGUCAGAAGUAUGAGAAGAAAAUUUUCGAGACUAAAUUCUUUACUAAAAAGUAUGUCAUCAGCAAGUCCUCUGUCUCCUCAGUAUAUGAAAUUACUCUACCAAAAUACCAGUCUUGUAAAGAGUAAUAAUUCUGUACUGAAUAAGAAAACUAAUGAUGACGCGCAUUUGAUGAAGGCAGCAAAACAGAUUCAUUUGAAUUUAGUGAAAACUUCUCGACGUGUGAAUGAAACGUUCGGCCUGCAAAUACUUUUGUCGAUGGCACUGUCUUUAGUUUUUAUAACCGGACUGUUGUACUUUUCUUACUCAAUUCUGUACAGUCCACAAUUGGACCAGAAGGAGAAAACACCAGCAUUAAUUUCUUCGGGUUGCUGGUUAUUUCUCUAUGUGAUGAAAAUUUUAUUUAUCAAUCACAUUUGCGACAGGACAAGUGGAGAGGCUCUACUAACAGGAAACAUAAUUUGUGAAUUACACGAGCCAAUGACAAGUAAAGAAUUUCGAUCAGAGAUUCGACAAUUUGUUUUGCAAUUAAUUCAGAAUCCGUUGAAAUUCACAGCAUAUGAGUUCGUAACUUUGGACUACACUUUUAUUCAAGGCGUUGUUGGAUCGAUAACGACAUACUUGGUGAUUUUAAUUCAAUUAAGUACCGACAUAGGAGGCAAUAAUAAAAACAAUGCAACUUUAGCUGAUUCAAUGAACAAAACUGUUUAA